GAAGACGGCUCGGGUGUGAACGCAAAAAAUAGAUGCAACUUCCGUGUUUGUAUUUUCAAAGUAAAACCCCCGUAACGGCCAGUCGCUUCACAGCCUAAAAACAGAUGAGUGAAUGAACGAAAGGCACCCAACCAGAGAGAAACUGAGGCGGAGAGAGACGUUUAGAGGGAGUGGGUUGGUUGAGUGUGGGGAGGGGGACCACCAGCCCACCGAGGACAAACUUGCAAGAAGCAGAGGAUACAGAAAAGGCUCCGCAAGACAACAGUGCAGCAGCUCGAGUUUUGAGGCUACAGAGGCAGAGCAGAGCUUGCAGCGGAUAACAAUGAUUGCAACAACUCAACAAAAUAUGACCACGGAUCUGGACCUGGGCAGUACAGAUGGUCCUCCGAGGAACUGGAAGGGCAUAGGGAUCGCCAUGGUGGUGAUCCUGGCUGUUAUGUCUCUGGUCAUUCUCUCCGUCAUCCUCCUCACACCUGACGAGUCUCACUUGUUACUUCGCUCCCAUCUCACGAUGGAGGACCUCGAGAGUGAAGAGUUUAAGAUUCAUAACCCCUGUGUGGCAUGGCUGAAUGAGAACGAAGUUGCUCUUCGCACCAGAGAGGGACAUGUCCUGUCGUUCAGCCUCACCAGCAACUUAACCACAACUCUGCUGGACAACAGCUCCCUGGACCUGACCACUACUCAGUUCCAAGUCUCUGCAGACAAGAGGUUUGUCCUCUUGGCAUAUAACAUUCGACCGGUGUUCUCUCAGUCCUUCACUGCCUCCUAUGCUAUCUACAGUGUGGCUAAUGGGGAUCUGCUUGAACUCAGCCCUCCAGAGGGGCAGAAGGCAGCAUUACAGUACGCUUCCUGGGGACCUCAGGGGAACCAGCUGGCCUUUGUGUUUGACGGAGAUAUCUACUACAAACCGAGUGUGACCAGCGAACCCCUGCGUCUUACAUCCACUGACCAGGAGCAAUACGUGGUGAACGGCCUCUCUGACUGGACUUAUGAAGAGGAGGUGCUGCUACAAUAUGCCGCCCACUGGUGGUCUGUGGAUGGUGCCCGCCUUGCAUACCUCAGCAUCAACAACUCUGUUACACCUGUGAUGGAAAUACCUCAUUUCUUAGGUGGUCUCUACCCCUCCAAUGUGCUCUUCCCUUACCCUAAGGCUGGCUCAAGUAUCCCAUCAGUCAGUCUGUUUGUGGUGAAUCUGUAUGGUCCAGCUCACACUCUGGAAAUGAUGCCUCCGGACUCCCUCAGAGCCAGAGACAACUACAUAUCCAUGGUGACUUGGAUCAGCAGCACCCGGCUCGCAGUUCGUUGGCUGAAUCGUGCACAGAACCAAUCUGUGCUCUGUGUUUGCGAGGCUACCACAGGGGCAUGCUCAGAGAAACACAAGAUGGCCAUGGACAUAAUGCAAAACCAGCGACAGGAUGUGCCACUGUUUUCAGCAGACGGCUCUGUUUUCUAUACCAUCCUGCCAGCAAAACAAGGUGCUCGUGGAGAGUUUCGCCACAUUGCUGGUCUUGCAGCCCAGCCUGCCAUCCCCUCUGUCCCUCCUCGCUUCUUGACAUCAGGGAGCUGGGACGUCACCGUGCUCUGCGCCCUAGACGAGAAGGCUGGAAAAAUCUAUUUCCUGAGCACAGAGGAAUCCAGACAGAGCAGACACCUUUACAGCGUGGACUUAGAUGGAGUGUUUCAGCGCCAGUGCAUUACCUGUAACCUCAUAGAUGGAUGCCGUUUCUAUAAAGCUGUUUUCAGCCCCAAUCAAACCCACUUUACACUCUACUGUUUGGGCCCGGGAAUCCCUAAAGUGACGGUUCACAGUACAAAGGAACCCUCCAGGUAUGUCGUCUUGGAAGAUAACAGCCGUCUGUCUAAAGCUCUGGAGGACAAACAACUCCCUGAGACUCUGUUCAGGACACUCUCAGCAGAUAACCAUGAUCUGCACCUGAAGCUAUCUCUGCCUCAGGGGUAUGAGGCCAACCUGCACCCUCUCCUCAUCAUUGUAGAUGGCAUUCCUGGCAGUCAGUCUGUAACGGAGGAGUUUGCCCUCGACUGGCCUCAGGUCUUCUCCAGCAUGCACAAUGUGGCCUUGGCCCGGGUGGAUGGCAGGAGCGGGGUUGGCCGUGGACAGAAGACCACUGCUGUGGAUCCGCGCAAACUUGGCUCAAUGAGAGUCAAAGAUUAUCUGGCAGUUAUAGAGUUGUUAAUGCAGCUGCCUUAUAUAGACGAUCGCCGGAUGGCCCUCUAUGGAAAGGCAUUUGGUGGUUAUUUAACUCUCAAGAUGUUGGCAGCAACAGAUAAGCUCUUCCAGUGCUCAGCUGCUGUGGCACCAAUAACUGACUUCAGGCUUUACAGUGCUGCAUUCUCGGAGAGGUACCUAGGACUUCCUGCAAAGGAGGAACAUGCUUACUUGACUGCCUCCAUGCUGGAGGAGGUUAACAAGCUGAAAGAUGAGAACUUCCUCAUUCUGCAUGGAACUGCAGACGCAAGAGUACACUUCCAGCACAGCGCUGAGCUCCUGAGCCGUCUGGUAAAGGUGGAGGCCAACUACUCUCUGCAGCUGUACCCAGAUGAAGGCCACAUCCUGAGAGAGCCCCGCAGCAUCAAACACUUCCAGCGGACAGUGGUGAACUACCUCCAGACCUGCUUGAAGCACAGGCCCCUCCUAGAUCCCAUAGAGGAUGAGGAGGAGGAAGAUGACUGAGCCCAGCGUUCCCCUUUCUUUCUUCUGAAGGGACACUCUAAGGAUUGUAUGCCAUCUAAUGCAUUACCUUGAGUCGGAUAUCAGGCGCAAGAGCACAGGAGUGGGGACCAACCGCAUCAGAUCACCUCUUAUAACUUCUGGAAACAUUGAUGUACUGUAUAAUGUGUUGCACAGUUCCUGCUGUUUUAAUGUAUGUUUGAGGCCCUAUUUGUUUACAAAAUUCACUUUAGAAGAUGUGGACUACUAGACAGCUAAUGAUUCUGCUGAGAGUUUACAAAGAUUUUAAAACAUGCAUGUCGUAAUGGCUGCAUGAUGUGGAUUAGUUUACAUUGCAUUUUGGGUGUUUUGCUGAUUUUAAAUCUUGCCUGCAAAGGCAAAAUCUGCCAACAGCCGGGAAUACACGACGCACUUUAAAGGAAACUCAGUGUAAGAGAUGAAUCAGCCUUGCAUGUUUAGUGAUUUGCAUAAAAUGCCGUUAAAAGGCUUAAAAUCACCCCAUCUGAACGAGUCGAGUCUUACAAAACCAAAUAUUUGGGACAGCUGUGAUGCAAGAUGUCUGCAUCACAAAAGUUAAGUUACAACACAAGCUGUCACCACUGGUCACUGAGCUAUGCAUACUCUGCACAGUAUUUGAGGUGUCACUGUAAAAUCAGUCAUUUCAAGUUCUUUUUUAUGUAGUGUGUUCCCGGCUUAAAUAAACUAAGAUAAAGAUCAUUUUUAGUGUGCCAAAUACAUUUUGUGGACUUUAUCCACUAUUUUUGUUUGCAUUUUGUGAUUAUGAAUGACUUUGAGGCUGAGCGUAUUUAUACUAAAUGCUCCAGUUUAAGAAUGAAAACAACUGUAGGCCUGUGUACUGUAUUUGGAAGUGCAGUACAUUUCUGUUUUGAUACAUUUUAACCAUUUCUUGUGUAUUGCACAGUUAAAUUAUUCCUUGAAACAAACUGUUGAGCCAUUAUGUCACAGUCCACAGAUGCUGGGCCUGACCAUCAGUCUGUCAACCAUGCAUGCAGUUGGUAUGAAAAGAAUGCCAUUGAUUGUAGACAACCAGCUAUUCCUUUCCCCAUAAAUCCUUGAAAAUAAAGUUUCCCAUUUUACAGUGAAAAUACAUUUUUCUUUCUU